UUUAAAUCCCUUGACCGUUAAUGAAAUGCCCUUUCUGCCUCUACUCUCUCUCCUCUGUAUCAUUUCUCCAACUGUGGAUUCCCUUCCUUGCUUUUAUCCCUUUUCAGGAAAAAAAAAUUGAAAGGAGCGUGGUUAGGAAUGGGAACUGUGAUUAGUAAAGCUGCAAAUGAGAUUGGAGGUGUCCUUGGCAAUGCGUUUGCUUCUCCUUUCAAAACUAUUCUUGAAGCAUCAUGCGAGGAAAUUUGUGCAGGGCCGUGGGAUGUAAUCUGUUUUAUCGAGCAUUUGUGCGUCUCCAAUCUACUGAAGUUGUUGAUGAUCUUGGGCCUCUGCUACAUAACUUUAAUGUUCUUGUACCUGUUGUUCCAACUGGGGAUUUGCCAAUGCAUAGGAAGAAGCCUUUGUAACAUGUGUUGGGCUGCAUGUGAGACCUACUGCCUUUCGUUACAAUACAUAUGCUGUUUUCUGUGGCACAAAUUAAAGAACACAAAGCGUGUGCGUCGGAGGCGUUUUCGAGACAUUGAAAGAGGAGGCUACACUUCAACCUCUGAAAACGGCUAUUCUCAUAAUUACGAUCACCACCACCACCAUCAUCUAAGUGUUGGUACGAAGCGCAAGUCAACACGGGAAGGAAGAAAGUUUCCGAUGCAGAGGUCUCGCCGCCGCCAUCAUGUCAGGUUGACGACUAGGGAAGUCUCUCUUCAUGUUAAGGGUGGAUCGCGAAGGCCAAGGAAUUCCAGGCGGCUGGAAUUAGUUAGACUGAAAAAUCAUCCAAGAAAUGUUGCAACUUUCAAGAGGAGACGCAUCAGGUGAUCACGCAAGUAAAAGUUUUGGUUUUGGCAGAAUUUAAACCAGAAAAAAGGGAGAAUUUUUUUAGGCAGAAUUUUCUAUGCUUGUAAAUAUGCUGCAUCAAUGGAAACUCGGAGCAGUAGCUCUUUAAUUCCCUUCCAUUUUCAUAAAGGAUUUGCCCUUGGCAUCGAGAGAGGAUCCUGUAUCCUAGACAUUUACUUUUUCAUAUCUGUAUUGCAUAUGAGAUAUGAUUGGUUUUCUAGAA